AUGGCAUUCCUUCAUCCCAUAACCACGGUAGAGAGCAAAUCUGGAAGCAAAUCUGGAAGCAACAGCUCCACAGCCGGCUAUCGGGUCACUUUGCAUGAAAAUCAUACGGCGGCCGGGACCGGAGGCAUCCAUUUGUACAUCAGCAAGCCAGUAGUAAAACAGGGGGAGCAAGAGCAGGCUCAACGGUCCCCCGUCGAAGCCAUCCGAGCAUAUUGGGUUGAGAUUCACCCGGAUGGCGACCUGACUCCCUCGAAAUCCCGCGACGCACUCCCUCCCCUUCACCGCUUCCCACUGCGAAAUCUAACUCCACUUAAAGGAUUUGGAAAUUCACAGCCAGCGACGGCUCAAGCAAGCAUGACUCUCGUCACUGGCCAUCAUAACAGUGAACAUGGACGCAGCCGCACACAGGUGCUGCGACUUGACUCCUGUGAGACGGGUGUGAUAGGGCGGCGAAUGUCGAUUGUUGAUGCGACGGGAAUGAGAGUGGCAGAGGGGGUUAUUGGGUGGAACUGA